CGUGAAGCGGUAAACAGGAGUAAACCGUAUCAGCCGAGGACAUUCUUCACAAAUAUUCUCACAACUCAGCGGACAGUUUGACGUUAGGUGAGCCAGUGUGGGGGUGUGAGGAGACAUGGCUCUGACGCAUGUCCUCACUUGGCUGAGCUUGGUGAAGUUACAGCCUGUGUGUUCCUGCGUCUCUGUGUACAGACGCUAUCACACUGCACCCUCUGAUGCCCCGCCCACUGCCGCCGAUGCCAGCUUGGAGAACCAAUCCCUGCUGAAGAACCUCAGAGUGCUCGGCGUUGAUGUGUCGAUGGUACGACGCCGCCAGCCCGGUGUCCUCCGGAAGGUUCUGACCAAUGAGUGCGGCCUGGCUGAGUUCCUCUGCAGCAAAGGUGCCAACCAUGAGGUGGUGGCCAGUAUCAUCACACGGUUCCCUCGGGCGAUCACACGCUCCGCCGAGCACCUGGAUGAGCGCUGGCGCCUGUGGAGAAACAUCUUCAUGAUUGAUGCUGAGAUCAUCAAAAUCCUGCACCGCUCACCGGAGUCUUUCUUCCGCUCCAGUGACAACGAGAACCUGGAGAAGAAUGUGGCCUUCCUGAGCUCACUGGGCCUGACGCCCAAACACCUGCACCGGCUCGUCACCAUGGCCCCACGGACCUUCUCCAACAGUGUGGAACUGAACUGCACCAUGGUGGAGCUCCUGCAAAGCGUGUGUGCCAGUCUCGGCGGGACAGACUGUGAAGGCUUCGUGAAGGCCAUCAUAUCCAGGAACGUCUACAUCUUCAUACGAAGCACGAAACGUGUCAAAGCCAACAUCAGCUUCCUGCUGGAGGCUCUGCGGCUGAGCGAUGAGGAAGCUCUUGUCCUGCUUCAGGGCUGUGGUGCUGAGAUCCUGGACCUCUCCCACACGAGCCUGAAGAGGAACCUCCAAAACCUGCAGGUGAAGCUGAAGACUCUCGGCUGCAGCGAGGAGGUGGUGAAGAAGCUCAUCUUCAAAGGCGCCACGGUGCUGUUUAUUUCCUCAGCAACGCUGAACGAGAAGCUGAACUGCCUGGUUAAAGGUGGUGUGGACAUUAAAUGGAUAGUGGAAAAGCCCAAAGUGUUGGACUUCAGUGUGGCCACCUUAAACCAGCGUCUGCAUGAGCUAAACAGUCUGAGAUACGACUUUGAUGUGAAGGGAAUCUGUAUUCUGGACUUGAGUAAAAAAAGAUUUGAUGCCAAGAUAGAGAGACUGCGAGUGUUUGAAGAGUAAAACACCAUCAGGCCAUAGAAGCUCUUAAUAUAGACACACCAACCCUUCAGACAAUGUGCACCAUGUACAAACCCUGUCUGAAGCUCAUUGAUCAUCCUGAGGCUCAGAUGUCUACAGAUGUCCUCAGAUCAUGGCACAGAUCUGUAUGCAGAGAAGGCGUUUCAGCCACUCAGAUACACUUAGUACGCAGGGCUGUCUGCAGCUCCACAUCUGCUUCUACAGGGUCACUUUGAUUCACUAUGUGUUUGUCCACCAGCCCAACAUUUGUGACCACUCUAAAACACAUUUUUUCACAGAUUAUGUAAAACAGCUUUUUGCUUAGAGGAUAAUUGACAAUGCUUUGUGCGGUGGUCCAUAACUGUGGAGAUUAGUAAACAUUACUAGAGAAGUUUAUUUAUGAUUGUGCAUUUAUGUUUAUGAUCUGGAAUGGUCCGCUGAACCAGUACAUGUAUAUAAAACAACGCCGAUAUCCAAAGAUAAGUGUUUUUUUAAUGAAAUAAACAACAAUAAAUGGUUA